AUGGCCAGGAGACUCUCCACCUUCCUCAAGAAUACCUGGGCAAAGGAGCCAGUACUGGUGGUACCCUCCGUCUGGGGUCUUGGUAUAAUUAUGCCCAUAGUCAGCCCCUACACCAAGUAUGCGGGCAUGAUCACCCAGGCCACACCCUACAACUACCCAGUGCCUGUGUGAGAUAAUGGGCAUAGGCGUUUGCCCAGCCACCCCCAGUACCCUCAGGGCCCAAGCCUGGAAUGGCUGAAUAACCUGUGA